UGCUUUGUAGCCUGCAGGAAUCGGAGAUCGGCUUUUGCUUUGGUGUCGGUGAUGUGAAUUCAUGAAUUAAAGUUAAGGAUUUGUGGAGGACGGAGAAAAAUGCACUUGGAUUUAGGUUGCUUUUGAAAACGACCAAAGAGGAAAUGAUACAUUUGCAGAAGCAUUAACUACUGACUGGAACACUGGAUGCGGGUGCAUUACGAGGAUUUGUACUACAAAAACUUUUUUUUUAAUUGCACGUUGCUAGACAUUGAGUGUUUUCGAGUAACAUCUUGCAGUAUGUAUAUAAUGUCCUCAUUGCGGAAAUUUCUUAAAUGUUCUUCAGAAGAUGAUGAGGUCAUUCAACCAGGUUUCAUCAGCCCCAGGCGGGGCAAGCAAAGGUGGUGGAGAAGAGCCCGGGAAGCUGCCGGAGCAGGCAGAGGAGGAAUCCCAGGUUUUGCAUGGAACUGGCCACUGUAAGUGGUUCAAUGUGCGAAUGGGAUUUGGAUUCAUCUCCAUGAUAAACCGAGAGGGAAGCCCCUUGGAUAUUCCAGUCGAUGUAUUCGUACACCAAAGCAAAUUAUUCAUGGAAGGAUUUAGAAGCCUAAAAGAAGGAGAACCAGUGGAAUUCACAUUUAAAAAAUCUUCCAAAGGCCUUGAAUCAAUACGGGUAACAGGACCUGGUGGGACCCCCUGUUUAGGAAGUGAAAGAAGACCCAAAGGGAAGACACUACAAAAAAGAAAACCAAAGGGAGAUAGAUGCUACAACUGUGGUGGCCUUGAUCAUCAUGCUAAGGAAUGUAGUCUACCUCCUCAGCCAAAGAAGUGCCAUUACUGUCAGAGCAUCACGCACAUGGUGGCAAACUGCCCGCAUAAAACUGUUGUGCAGCCGCCCGUCAGUUCUCAGGGAAGACAGGAAGCGGAUUCGCAGCCAUGCACGUCGGCUCUCCCACGGGAGGUGGUGGGAGGGCACAGCUGUGCAUCACCCCCAUUUCCUCAGGAGGCUAGGUCCGAGGUCUCAGAACGGCCCGGCAGGUCACCUCAAGAAGCUUCCUCCAUGAAGUCGUCUGCAGCACCCGAAGAACAAAGCAAAAAGGGGCCUUCUGUUCAAAAAAGGAAAAAAACAUAACCCUUCUUCUUAACGUAUUGUUUUCUUUCCCCGGUUGGGAAGUCUACCUCAUGCCAAUACAGGGGAACAGUAUUUCACAGACAGCAACUGACCUGGGGUUUUAACUACUGUUGAGGAACUGUGAAUUUUUUUAAACAGACAAAUCACUCUAAGCAAAUUACAUUUGAGCAGGGUGUCAUGUUUUGUGUAAUCCAGAGAAUGAGAUACUAUGUAUACCUGUAUGUGCACGUGUGAGAGGGGGAGAGCCUGAGUGCGGGGUGUGUGUGGAAGGAUUUAUAUAGGGAUGUAGACACACAUAUAUAGAGUUUGUCUCUGUACAUGUGUGUAUAGAGAUACAAGCACGCACCCUCCCUCCCAGAAUUUGACACCCCCAGGAACUAAACACUUGUGUGAAGCGUUUUAGAUGGUGUCA